AUGAGCCAUUCACAAAUAACCAAUCCUAAUUUGUAUAGUUUACGUGAUGUACUCCUUCUAUCUCAACUUCUACAUACACACAAGAUACAAACUUUGGAGGAUUUAGAAUCCAUCAAUCGCAACUUGUUUGAGAAUAUACUACAUCAAUGGAAAACUCAUGUUUCAACACAGCUACAAUGCAAGACUAUCAAGAUCAGUACUCUUAACCAAUUGAAAGAAUUGUAUCGCAAGUUAUUGGAGAAAUAUAAAGUAGAGAAUACAGAGAGUUUGGCAAAUAAAGUGUAUUACAUGAGGGUUGAAGAGUUGGAGAGUAUAAUUGAAUUAAAAAGGAAGGAGUUUGCUACUGUCUUGAACUCGUAG